AUGUCUACACUUCCCGAUGACACUCUACGCAAGAUCUUGAUUCAGAUACAGCAAACUGCUAUCCAAUCCCAGCGUGCACUCAGCAUGACGCGCCAGCAGGUCGCGACUAAGGAGCGAGAGCGACGGAUAUUACAGCUCACGAUCGAUGAAAUAGGCAGUAUGGAAGGGGAUGUCAAACUCUACAAAGGUGUCGGCAAAAUGUUCAUGAUGAUGCCCAGACCUGUCAUGGAAAAGGACUUGAAGUCGCAAGAGAAGGGUCUGACAGAUGACAUCAAUAGCCUAAACAAAAAGUCCAAAUAUCUUGAGAAGCAGUUCAAUGACUCCCAAUCACAGCUUCGCGACAUUUUCCAUAGUGCACCCAAAUCGUAG